AACUGUUCAUAUGGUAUAAAAGGGACUAUCUGUCCCACCCUAAGGUUUGUCAAGAAGAUUUCUCUGGUGCACGUUUCUUGUCCAGAAGAAAAACUGCUGUUCGUGGCACCAUGUGGGCAAAGAAUAUUACUGGAAAUUUUGCAAAUGUGAUCCACGGGUUGAAGGCCAGCCACUUGACCGACGUGGUCCUUCGGAGGAGCAAACGGAUGAUUCUUGAUACCUUGGGCGUUGGACUGUUGGGCACCAGAACAGACGUCUUCCAAAAAACAAUUCAGUACAGUAAGAUCUACAGCUCUGAUACAUCCAGCACUGUCUGGGCUCACCCAGCUAUCCGGCUUCCUCCCCUGUAUGCAACUUUUGUGAACGGAGUAGCGGUUCACUCCAUGGAUUUUGAUGACACGUGGCACCCCACCACACACCCCUCCGGGGCCGUGUUGCCUGCUCUCCUCGCAGUCUCUGAAGCUCUGCCUGAAAAGCAGAAGGUUUCUGGCCUCGACCUGCUUCUGGCUUUCAACAUCGGAAUUGAGGUUCAAGGCAGACUGAUGCACUUUUCCAAUGAGGCCAGCAACGUCCCUAAAAGAUUCCACCCACCAUCCAUUGUUGGCACUCUGGGAAGUGCUGCGGCUGCUGCCAAACUUCUGGGCCUUGACCAGUUCAAGGGUAAGGAGGCACUGGCUAUCGCUGCCUCUUAUGCUGGGGCGCCAUUGGCCAAUGCAGCCACACAAACCAAGCCCCUCCACAUGGGCAAUGCAGGCAGGCAUGGCUUGGAAGCAGCCUUCUUAGCGUCCUCAGGUCUUCAAGCAAACAAGCUGAUCCUGGACCUUGAAUCGGGCUUUGGCGCCUUUUAUGCAGACUACUUACCCCAGCCUCUGCCGAGCUUGCAAUCCUAUACAUGGCUUCUGGAUCAACAAGAUGUCGCUAUCAAGAGCUUUCCAGCACACCUGGGAACCCACUGGAUGGCUGAGGCAGCCUUGGCCGUAAGGAAGCACCUGGCCAAGAGUGGAGAAUCCCUCCCAAGUGGCCGAAUCAAGACAAUUGUUCUGAAAGUCCCAGACAUUCAGUAUGUGAACAGGCCAUUCCCCGCCUCAGAGCACGAAGCCCGACACUCCUUCCAGUUUGCUGCCUGCACCGCCCUUCUGGAUGGCUUCAUCUCUGCGGAGUCCUUCCAGCAGCAGAACAUCUCCAGGCCCGAGUUAAGCGAACUGCUCAGAAAGACAAACCUGGAGCACUCUUCCGACAACCAGCCCAGCUUCAAGAACCUCUACUGUGAAGUGACAAUCGUCCUUCAGGAUGGGGGGGUGUUGACCGAGCGCUGCGACACUUUCUACGGGCACUGGAGGAAGCCGCUAAGCAAGGGGGAUCUGGUGAAAAAAUUCCAGUCUAAUGCCACCACUGCUCUUUCACUGGAAGCCACGGAAAGCAUUGUGGAAAUCGUCGAUAACUUAGAAAAGCUAGAAGACUGCAGUGUGUUGACCUCCCUUCUCCAGGGGGAUGAGCGGACAAACAAGCUGUUAAAACGCAGCAGUGCACAGAUUUGACUUGUCAAACUUGCCGUGUCUUAGCAGCCUCUAGGCACUUUCCAAGAUCCAGGGGCUUUAUUAUAUCUCUUCUUGAAGGUCUUCCAGAAUGGACAAAUUAAGGCAUCCUGCAAAGUGAAUGGAAGUCUGUUGGCUGCAUUAUGUUUAUACAUCAUCUAUCUAAUAGCCAAGUGGGCCCUCCUGUGCGGAUCCAUAAAUCUGUGGAUCAUAGCCACUUGCCUACAAAUCAAGCGCUUCUGCAACCUUGGGGAACCCCCAGAGUUGCAGAGAAUUUUGAAAACCAGCACGAAACAAGACUGUGCUGUCUGCAUAUGCUCAGACAAUUACCUCCUCCUCUUCCUCCUUUCCCUGAAGAGGCAGGGGUGGGAGGGAGGCUGCGGCUGUUGCAGUGAGCCUGGGAGAAGGUUGGCUGAGGAGGGAACGCCAUUGCUGCUGCCUCCAAUGAGACAGAGAACAUGGAUUCGCCCAGGUGGUGGUGGGCAGAUGCAGCUGCCACUGUUGCUGCAGUCAACAUGCAUUCUGCCAGACAGGAAGUGUAGGGAGCUCCACUGCUACCCUCCUGGCAGCACAGCUGAGCUCUACUGGGUAGGGAACACUGCUGCUGUCCUUGAGAUGGUGACACACAAAUGGGUCAGAGGGGAAUCCCUGCCCCACGAUUCUUGGGGAGGGCCACUUGUGCAUGUAUAAAAAUGCAAUGGUUGGAACCAAAGGAAAAGAACGUAUCUGUGAUUCAGUGCCCCAGUGGGAAUUUAGGCUUGUUUCCACAAACAGCAGCCUCUGGCACCCCAUGGCAAACUUCUGAGGAAACGACAUGGCAGGGUCGAGGCGGGGAAAGGAUCAAAGAAAAAAAGUGCCAGU